AUGGCUCCGUACGGAGGCAUGGCCGUCUCGUUAGCUAUAAAUGCCAGCGCGUUACUACUCGGUCUAUCCCUUCUGUGGCAGAAGAUGCCCAUCAAGAACAACAAGGGUGGCUUUAAUGGUUGGAGGAGCGUCUCCCAACCCUCGAAGAAAGAGGUCCAAUCUUCCAGGGACGAUCGAUGA